AACCAACCGACUACUAUAAUAUCUUGGCUCCAUCUGGCCAUAACAGUUCACCCCCUGAUGCAAAGCAUCUUGAACAGCAGCUUCAAGUUCUAGCUAUCGUCCUAGCUCAGCACUCAUCAUGGGGACACGUGGAUAUCGAGUCUACCGCUACAAGAAAUGAUAUUUCUCGUAUUAUAAUCGUAAUGAUUCGUACCCAGAAGGACUUGGCAAGCAGAUGCUUGCAGAGGCCGAGCCUCGGAAUCUUCAACAGCUGCAAGAACAGCUUGACGCUGCAUUAAAUAAAUGCGAGGACGAGCAAUGUUUUCCGGAUGGGCCCAACUCGGACUUCAGUGUCACUCGUGUUCCACCACACGACGACUUUACCAUCGAUUGGAUCUAUAUCAUUGACCUCGACAGAAACACGUUUCACGUCAAUGGUCAGCCAUUCUUCCUCCUCGACAACCUCCCUGACCCAUAUACGUUCGUGGCCGUAAUUAGUGAGGAUAGCUACAAAGCUCAAGCUUGUAGUGUUGAAUGCCCUGCUAAAUUUCAGUAUAACUGGAAGGUCCCACCUCCUGCGGUUGACGAGAGCGUUCUCGCACGUUAUCACGAUCUCUCCAGUGGUGAUACAGCUGUAUCGAUGGGCACCAUGUUAUCCCUCCACGACCAUCUCACAGACAAUGAAUCAGUUCGUGUUGGGCUGAUCGAAGUGCUGAUCGGUCAAUGCAUCACUAAUCAGGCAUUGUCCGUCGCCUUCAAAGAAUUUGAGAGUUUUGCGGACCACAGAGAGAUCGAGCCAUACUACUGGUCAAUUGCAUGCUUGGUGGCUAAUCUCCCAUUUAACACUUACGCGCUUGGUCGAGAGCCCGAUCCCUCUGACCGUCUCUCCGUAACAGAACUUGUAUGGGUUCGCCGAGACACAUGCGUUCAUAUCACAACACAUCUCGACGACGAGAAAAAUCUGCAGGGAUCUGUUGUGCGAUUGGUCGAUGAAGUGAUGAAAUGCCCAAACAAAGACGCUGUCGUUUUCGGUGUCGCUUUUUCCAUCUAUCAUUGUGUUAUCGUGCGCAUCAAUAGACUUGCAGGAGGGUCUUUCACCCACACGCCUGCCUUGCAGUUCUUGCUAUCAUUCUUUGCGACGUCACCUUCAACAGAGGGCAUCACAGCCCUUGUCCGACUCGCUCAUCGGCCUGAUCCUGACAUCAUGCAAAGAUACCUCAGAGCCUGUCCAUUUCUUAACCUUGAUGAGACAUCCCCUCAGGACAUACGGAAGGAUGACAACAGCCUUCCUGUACCGCUAUCGUCGCAGAAUGAUUGUAUCAAUACCACUCAAGUUGGCUAUCUUCCUACAGAGAUUUGGCAAAAAAUUGCUCUCCUCAUGGAUGUAGAUGAUCUGGUCAGCCUUGGGCAUGUGUCGCGAUCAUGUCGCGGUGCAUCACUCGCUGUUAUGCAUCUCCCCCAUGUCAGACAGUGUCGUCUGGAGAAGGUCAUUGCACAAAGAGUGUAUUGUGCAGUAUUUGCAGCUAAAAAAGGAGACAUCGACGUCCAAGUACGCGUCGGUGAUAUUGUUCCUAGAUAUUGGGCUAGGAUCAAAGUGCCGGGUAAACAGGUUGAGGGGGCACUUCAUCUUCCUGUGCAAGUGCCAACUGAUCCCGCGAUGGAAGCAGUGCCGAGUACUAUGACAUAUGUGUAAUAUGCUAUCUGUCUAUCGUGUCUUCCCCCCCCCCCCCCCCUUUUGGGCUUACCCAGCGGCGGGAGCCUCCAUUCUCCCUCAAAAAAUACACGAUUUAAGCAAUAGUAGUGAGGGCCUUACAAGUACGCGGUGAAGCGCUGAGAUUUUGUGUGUAUGGUGAAAUAUGCUAUAAUUUGAAUGUCAUGUUCUUAUGCAUCAAAUAACUACCGCACGAUACAAGAAUCAACGAUCUGCAGGUCU